CAUCAUUACAAGUGACAUAUAGAUACUCGGCUUCGAAGAAGGAUACCUAUCGUCGCCCUCGGUUCCGUCGGACCAUCCUGGCUGUCGAUUAGCUGAGCUGACCUCCUAAGCAAGACGCCAAUCUUCCAUAGCCAGCUGGCGUCGGAAAGACACGUAUCGAGAACAUAUUCUACCAAGAGUUAUGCGCUUGGUUUGACGAUUUAGGAUAGGUGCUCAAUUCCCCGGUACUUCGGCUGAACUUCUGCGGACCCCAGGAGCCUAGCCUCAUGACGCUUCUACAGCGAACUAUUGAUGCUUUCCUGAUAUCAGUAUUCCUGCUGUUGGUCGCCGGUUCAUUGGUGCAGCCGGCAGCGGGGGCUACUGCUGCAUCUCAGGCAAACCUGGCAACGCAGUCGCUGCCAGUGGCGCAAGUCAGCGUCGUCGUUAAGGGCGAGAUUGUUGUCACCUCUGUGGACCCGAUCAGGGGCAAACCAGCAGCGCCUGUGAACCCCACGUCCGUGCUCCUGCAGCCCGGUUUCUUGUACCAACUGGUAGAUAGGCUUAGCGACGGCACUCCGGUUUCGGUUAAUCUCGAUUUUGACAGCCCACCGUCUCUAAGCACUGGAGACCUGGUGGCGCUUCCGCUGACGAUCACUGUGCCUUCGGAUGCUGCCGCCAAGAUCACCACCGAUGUCAGCCCCAGCACCCCUAGCAGCAGCCGUCGGUUGCUUAGGGGGCAAUUGAAAUCUCAAGCAGCGGGCAGCAGGAUGGCUGCUGCCGGCGUGCCGCAGGAUGAGGAGGCGCGUCGGCGCUUCUUGGCUGAUACCGCCCUGCCCCUCAGCAGCCUUGUCAGCACGCUGGGAAGUGCAGGCAGCAGUAGCAGCGGACUGAGCGCCAAGUCUGUGGGGGCCGCUACAGUUCUUGGCAGUACAGUCGCAAAGGGUGUGGUCAUGCCAACAGCUGGCGUGCCCCAGAACGUCUCCUCGCUUACCUUCUUGUUCCGGAGCAGCAAGUGCGGCAUCCGCACCGCCAUGGACCUGGCCCGCCUCAAGGACAACUGGUACGACCAGGGGGACGACGCGGCCUACGUGGCAACCAUGGAGCGGUACCACAAGGUUUGUACAUACAAUCAGCUGCUCUUUCCUCCAUCGCUCAACCUGGCGUUUGAAGUGGACAUCGAUUGCAAGGGCAACUACACGGACGUGGCGGGAAGGCAACAGCCGUACGAUUUGUUCAACGGCAAGGGCAACGGUUUAGACCUGGCUAAUGAGCUGGCUGCACUUGCCUACUUUGGAAAGCAGUACGUCCAACAGAACUACCCGGACGUCUACAGCCGCUGGAGCUCCUACCGGCGCAAGAUUCACUUCUGGCCCUUCAAUUACGGCAAGACGCCUGACCAGUGGAUCAUGUACGCCUCGGGACUGAGUACCGUUGGAUGCCUGCUAACAGCUAGCACCGACUGUAACAUCUGGAUGAACCCAGAUCAAAAUGACGUCAAGCCCGACAUGGCCAACGUCUUCCACGAAAUGGGCCACCUGCUGGGCCUCCAGCACUCCAAUUCCUGGCAAUGCGACGCCUCGGGUGCUUGCUCCUCGGUUCCCUACGGAGAUACGUCGGACCCCAUGGGCAUUGCUGACCAGAUUGAUCCUGACAAGACGAUCACAUGCAUGUCAGCGCCGCAGGUAUACAAGGCGGGGUGGGGUUCGCCGCUGGCCGGAGGCUCCUUCAAUGUUACGGACCUGGGCGUGGGUGUGUCCAAGCAUUACGUGCUACCAACGAUGGCCCUGACCAACAAGAACAUGCUGCGUAUCGUUGCCAACCAAACCGGCCUUGUCUACAAUGCAAACACCAAGCCAGAGCGCGCCGUGUACCUGUCGUACAGGGUACGGCAGCCACAAGUUGGCGUGGACGAUUCCGGGCUCAGAGAUGACCUUAACAAGCGUGUCUGGAUCCACCAGUACGAAGACACCUAUAACGGUUUGUCAGCGGAGCGCUCCCCGCUGCUCAUUGCCGUACUGUCCGACGAGCCGGAUCAAACGUACGACAGUUGGGGCGUACUGCGCAGAAACGCCUCACUCCUGAACGCCACGGCGCCCGGCGGCCCAGGCGGCUUGCUUGUGGAGCUGGUGAACAAGACGGACGCAGCUGCCACGGUGCGGCUGUGCGUGUUCAGCGACAAGGCCGAGAACAAGGUUGCUGGCGGCUGCUUCAAUGGCAUCGAUGAUGACUGCGAUGGACUGGCUGACGCCGAUGACCCGGACUGUGCCAAUAGCGUCCAGCCAGUCACACGCCAGUCGCCUCCGCCACCACCACCACGCCAGCCCUCACCACGACCGCCACCACCACCUCCUUCCCCACAACCUCUCCGCUCACCUCCACCCUCGCCACCACCACCAUCGCCGUUCCCUCGACCGCCGCCGCCGCCCCCGUCGCCAACCCCGCGGACUCCACCUCCUUCAUCCCGACCACCUCCCCCACGACCACCACCUCCCCAACCGCCAUCGCCGCCUCAACGGUUACCACCACCGCCGCCUCCGCCGCUACGACCUCCACCCUCGCCCCCUCCGUCCCCGCCACCACUCCCACCGCCAAAGACCAAGAAGCCGCCACCAGUACGCCCUCCUCCGCCCUCGCCUGCACCCCCGAAGCCACGGAAGAAGCCCCCGCCACCCCCCGCCAUGGGCGCUACCGUGAACUGGGGAACAGGGACAGAAGACUAUUCAAACGAUGACUAGCUCCCAUGCAUGGAGCGAGGUGGUAUGCAGAUAAAUGCUGUACAUAAGGACCCGCACAUGCGGGUAAGCUGGCGGUAAUGACCGCUGUUUUGUAGAUACGGUAAUGUGCAUGCAGGCACCGAUAGUGAGCAAAUAGGCAGCAGUCAUUAGUGGGAUUUGUAGCAAUCUUUCACAUUAUGUUUUCGUUUGUAAGGAGGAAAAGGCAUGGGGCUAACGAUGCCUGAUCGGUCAUCAGCGACCCCGCCUAACAAUUGUGGGCGCACGUGCGCAGCGCGCAAAGUGUUAUACAUAACGUGUCAUGGAGGUUGUGAUAGCGGUAGGCUGGACGGCAGUUAUAGCUAGUACAGAAUCACUUGCGCGUCGCAUACGGUAACGCAAGCACCAGCGCUAGGGCCAUGCAUGUGCUGUACAUAGCGGUGCGGCCUCAAUAUGUGGUAGACCAGCAGGGUCAACCAGUGUGGGCAAAGUAUAUAUGCUUUUGAAGAUAGAGCUGUUUGUUGGUGGUGCGUGCGUCUGCUCUGGAUGCGUGCCUUGUCGCAUAGGGUGUGUGGAAAGUCUGUGUUUAGGGGCGCACAUGCACUAAACGACCCAUGGGUCACAUGGCGCGGCCUUUCUGUGCAGGAAAUCCGUAUCCAGCAGGAUGGGUUGGGAAUUAUAUAGACAUGCGCAAGUGGUGCAUCUGUGGCAACACUCCCGCGGGACACGCGGGCGGUGGGACACCCCAAAAUUUUUCGCUUGUGUCAAGUGAUGCCCACCCCCGGUGACCGUCUAAUUGACCAGGACUAGUACAAGCAGCAGUGUGGCACGCGGCGCCCGUGUGAGGACGAGGCUACCGCGCUUCUGUCCCUUCCCUUAUGGCUAGGGUGUAUGCGACCGCAAGCUAGGGCUGUGACCUAAUGCGGCGCCCUACCGUAUGUGUACGGUAUGGUUGUAUCUAUUUAAGAUCGAGAUGCGGAAGCGAGCGGAAGUAAACUAUAUGUCGAGAUAUAACGCAAGCGGAAGCGUGUAUGGCGUAGGCUAUGACCUACUUGUUCUGGGCUAUGAUGCCGGCUGGGACUGCAGCCCGACGGCACCACCCACCUGCUCCUCCUUAGAGGGUUGCUGACCCGCCAGGCCCUUGCCGAGGUGGACUGAGAAGGGUGUCAGACCUGGGCUGGAGAGGGUUUGUAUAACCACUGGGGCAUAGACUAGGCCAGGGGGUUAGCGUAUAAGUCCGAGGGUAGGAUAAGAGUGAGAGAGACCUAUGCAAGUAAACCCUAUCGUGUACGACUGACGAGUCGUACCAGGUGUACGGACCGUUAUGGGUUGUUGACCGUUAGAGUAGCCGACUACCU